AUGGCAGCUGUAACGACAUCAGAAGCUCCCAAAUUGGGACCGGAGGCAUCGCUUCUCAAGUCCAUUGCUAAAUUCACUGAGAUGGAGCAUAUGGCGCUACAAGAAACGAAAAAGCUGUCCAUUAUCGAAGCUGUAGACCGGGAUUACAUCCAGGGCGUUUCUCAGCCUCCUUAUUCUGAUAGUGCUCUCGCAAAUCCAUUUGACGAAACACUCGCCAGGGAAUGGGUAAAAGAUGUAGUUAUGAAGUUUGCCCGCGGCCCGCCUGCAUACUGUCGGAGACGACCUCUUGCAGAAGUCACCAUAAAGGACGUCUCCAUUACAUAUGGAAACGACGACACCUUUCGAGUCCGGGUAUAUGUUCCCGCUGUAGAAGAGGCGAAUAAUGCCCCUCGUCCCGCCCUUGUCAUGUAUCAUGGCGGAGGAUGGAUUCACGGAUAUCCUGAAGUAGACGAAGAUCUAUCCAUCUUCUUCGCCUCGGAGCUCCGCGCCAUCAUCAUAAAUGUAGACUACCGCCUCGCUCCGGAAUACAAAUUCCCACUCCCCCUGAACGAUUGCUAUCAGGCUGUCCAAUGGACACUAGACCACGCCCAAGAAUACAACAUUGAUACAGCCCGCGUUGCUAUAUGGGGGUGUUCCGCGGGAGGUAAUCUUGCCGCUGCAGUGGCACUUCGUGAUGCGGAAGAGCAUGAGAAGCCGCGCAUUUGUCACGUCAAUCUUGUUGUGCCUGCGACGAGUCACCCAGAGUUAUAUACAGAGGCAUUGAAGUCUGAUGACUCGAGCGUUAACAAAUUUGACGCUGGGCUGGGGAGAGAGGCGAUCAACAUUUUGCUUGACAAGUAUGCGGGAGACAAGAGCCGUGAUCGUUUUGUUUCGGUGUUAAAGUCUGACAUACCCUCCAAUCACCCACCGGUGCACGUUACCGUCGCAGGAAGAGACUUCCUUCGAGAUGAGGGCAUUGCGUACUCUCUUAAAAUUAGAGAUGCAGGGAUUGACUCUGAGUUGGAUAUCGUUCCUGGCGUGCCGCACGGCAUGUUGUUUCCGCCGACGACGCAUGUUGCCAGGCAGUUUUUCAAGAACCAGGUUCGGGUUCUCGAUUAUGCAUUGAAUUAUGUAUAA